AUGGAGCUGCAGGCACCAGUUAUGGGAGCACGCUUAGCCCACAAGAUGAUGAGCACACGCAACCUAACUAUGGACCCCCGCAACUUUCAUCAGUUCGUGAUGCACAGAGUCACCGAAAUUCUGGAAACAACACUGGUCGAGCUAUGGCGGUGGAUUCCUUCAAAGUUGAACGUAACAGAUGGAGCUACCAAGGUCACCGGGCAAACCCAACAAGAGACGUGGAUAACGGACCCGCAGUUCCUGAAGAACGAUGCGAGCAACUGGCCAAUAUCCAAGAAGCAGGAGAGCAUCAUCGAUACCUCGGAGAUCCGGAAGCAUGUGAUGACGACGCAUACGAAAUCAGUGGUUAUGUUCAACGCGAACGAUUUCUCAAAUUGGCGGCGGUUAUACAGAGCUGUGGCGCUAGUACUCCUGUUUACUGAUCGGCUGCAAGCGAAAUGUGCCGGACGAGACAUGCCAGCAACCGCGACAAAGGCUCAUGUGAGCAAGGCAAAGAUGCUGCUAUACAAGCAAUCUCAAUCCAUCGCCUUCGCAGCAGAACUAAAAACGUUAUCCGCGGGAACGGCGCUCCCCAAGGGAAGCAGAUUAGCCGGAUUGAACGCAUACCUGGACAUCGAUAGAGUACUACGAACAAGAGGCAGAUUGAACGCAGUUGACAUAGCUGAGGACGCCAUCACACUAGCUCAUGGAUGCCGGAUAACCAACCUCAUAGUUAGGAGCUUCCACGAAAAGUAUCACCACCUCGCUCAUGAGACUAUAAUAAACGACAUUAAAAAUUCAUCUUAUAUCAGCCGGCUACGAGUACUGCACAAAUCUGUGCGAAACACAUGCCAACGAUGCAAGAUUAAUAGAGCAGUUCCCAGACCACCCCAUAUGGCACCGAUCCCGAGGGCAAGAGUUGGAAACUUCGAGAGGCCGUUCACCUAUACAGGCGUUGACUAUUUUGGCCCGUAA